AUGGAGGGAUACGACGACAAGGACGCUCGAUGCCUCCCUCGUAUGCCAAGAAUCUUCACCCCCCCUGACACUCAACCUGAAGUCGUUAUUUUCUCUGCGACCGCUGACGACAAAAGUUCCACUAAAAGCAAGACUACUCAUGAGCUCGAAACCUGUGACACUGAGACCGAUGACACAACUUAUCACGACAAAGAAGAAGCAGAAGCAGGCCCAAGUAAUCCCUCAAAAGUGUUCACAAUCAAGGACAUACGAUCACCACAAUCAUCACAACCCUCAAACGAUUUUGUUUCCGCGAAUGACCAUGUUCCAGACGAGACUAUUCAAAGACUCAAGGAUUUCGCCAACAGGGUCCACGCACUGAAUAGGGACCCGAACGGGGACCAACUCAGCAGCUCAGGAGAGACUACCCCCACUGGACGCUCCUUGGAGGUGAAUCCGUUCAAGUCGUCAACCCUAGAUCAAGCACCACAACCCUUGACCCGAAGUCGCCUACGAUCCAUACCUGAUGCAAGACUCAACAACCUUGGAGCGGUCUACAAUCGGCUACAAGACACCAAUGACGGGUCUCAGGUCGCUACACAUGGCAGUGAUACGUCACGACCAGCUGACUUAGAUACUAAUUCCAUCAAUACCAAUGCUCACGAAACAGCUUCUGAGGAUGACCGCCAGGCUUAUUACAUCUUCGACCCACGAUCGAAUGGCUUGGCAUACUACAUGUAUAGAGGUACCGAGGAAAAUGAUGGAUUCAAAAUUGAGAGGGUAUCUUUCAAAUCCUCGGCACGGAAGCAAGGGGUGCGCGCCUAUUACCUCGAAGCUUCAGACAAGGACCAAGAUUUACUAAGGCAUGGAAGCCACGAAACGCUCUGGAGGCUAGAUCCAUCCCAAGUCCCCGCAGUGAUUAUUGAUACCGAGAGUUCAGCUUCCCGUGAAGCAGAGGCAGAAGUAGGCGAUCCAUUGUACGCCGGCGAAGAAGCUACCCAGAGCAUCGCUAGAAAAGUGAGUGAUCGCCUUCAAAAGAUCCGGCACUUGAGAGAACAUCUGCAUAUCAUAAAUGGAAAAGGCCAGCAAGUCCCAGAGGCCAAGGGGCUUUACCUUAUUGGUGACAAGGACAUCCGAGAUGUCGUCAGUAUCGUGUUGGACGAAACACUGAAGAAUAGCCACAUUGAAUUGCCCAAGAGAACACCUACGACCACAGGGUCAUCUGAAAGCCGGCCGGUACCGCGACUCGAUGAGAACUCGAAUGCUAUCCUGGUCCCCUCCCCGAUGGCGAUCGACCCUGCGACUACUAUUAAUCUACCCAGCACAUCUUACACGAAUAUCAACGCAACUGACAUGCAAGUCCAUACCAAAACGCGUGGCGGGGCUUCGGAAGCAACGACAACUGUUGUGACACGCCGAAGUAUUGCUGAGAUUACGUGGUCUCGGGCAUAUCCAGCAAAUUAUGAUUCGAGUACACGAACACAUUGCCGAACCGUUUCAGACUGUUGCUCACCCACACAUGGGGGCUCACGCUCGUGCCCAGAUGAUCGUCGACAGAGCUACCAGAGGCUGACGAAAGACGAGUCUGUCCUACGACAUUAUGCCACUCCAAAAAGCACAGCUGAGAUACUGGCCGACAUUAUGUGCAACAAGAGUUUUGAGCAACAGCUGAGAGUCAGCGACGGGACCGUCAUCACGUCUUUCCCCAGACUCUUUUCCCGAGACUGCACUACUGACCUCACCUUACAAACUGAGAGUGACUACUCGAAAAAGCAUACUCCGUCCACGCUUUACAAAGACGGCGUUGAUGCUCACUGCGGUGUCGAGGAGUUGGCCGCAUCGAGUUCUUCUGCAGAGCCCUCAAAUACGUACUCAUACAACAACCCUUUAUUCGCUGCUAACCCAUUCAGAGCGCACCCAACCAAACUGACGGCGGCUGGGAGACAUCUCCCAACUCCUCUUGCGGCGGAAAGAAAACUAAGUGCCUCACUCGACGCAGAUACACGACGACGCCUGAGUGCCCAGGUCGCCAACAUUGAGGAGGAGAUGGUCGAUUCUCAGAAUGGUUCACGGCAAAGUCUGAUAGACAAAAUCAAACAAGGAGGCCACAAGCUUUUCCACAAGAAUCACUUCCGAAAGCCGACGGGGGGAGCUCCGAUCAGAAUAGCCGAGAAUGAUAUAUCGCCGGGCGGCUUCUUGCGCUCCUGGGACAGCAUUGCCGGGGAACUCGCCCCUGAACCACCCAGGCCGGAUGAUGGAGAGAUAUACGAAGCCAUGGAGGGGAGCAAGCUCAACGUUCCACAUCCCAGAGAGGGGCUAUGCUCCGAAGAUAAUCGACCUCACGAAUGUGUGAAUGAUUUGUCGUCUCGCGACAUUUCACCCAAAUAA